AUGUCAAAGGUGCACCCGUCGAUGUCAGCGUCCCACCGGAAUAUCACGGCCUGCUCUUACGGUUGGCGAUUGGGUGGCUCGACAAGCGACACUGGCGCUAUUGUGGCACCUGCGGACGGAUCUUGCGGCGGGACCAAGAUAUGUGGCGCAAGAAGCUGA